UGUCAUGGAGGCAGCACUGAUGCUGUUGCUGAUGCUGUUGCCCGGCGCCUGCAUCCUUACAGCCAGACUGGGGUAACCGUAGUCACGGGUCCACCAUCACCAUCAGAGAAGACAGGGACAGAGGGGGGAGUGAGAAGGAUCGUCAGCAUCCGUGGAGAGUUACACGCACAGUGAGAAGAUGACUCUGGCAGCCUAUAAAGAGAAGGUCAAAGAGCUCCCCCUGGUGUCUCUGUUCUGCUCCUGCCUGAACCCACAAACAGCAGAGAAGCCUACUUACAAAGCAGAAGAUGCGGUGGACUUGGGCUGGUGCGUCAUUAAAGACGUGGAAGUGAUUGAGCUGAACAAGCGGGCAUCCGGCCAGGCCUUCGAGGUCAUCCUCAAGCCCCCGUCCUUCGACGGCGUGCCAGAACUCAACGCCUCCAUGCCGCAGCGCCGCGACCCCUCGCUGGAGGAGAUCCAGAAGAAGCUGGAGGCCGCCGAGGAGAGGCGGAAGUGCCAGGAGGCUGAGCUGCUGAAGCACCUGGCGGAGAAGAGGGAGCACGAGCGCGAGGUCAUCCAGAAGGCCUUUGAGGAGAACAACAACUUCAUCAAGAAUGCCAAGGAGAAACUGGAGCAGAAGAUGGAGGCCAACAAGGAGAACAGGGAGGCCCUGCUGGCGGCCAUGCUGGAGAGGCUGCAGGAGAAGGACAAACACGCCGAAGAAGUGAGGAAGAACAAGGAGAUGAAGGAGGAGGCCUGCCGGUAGACGAGUGGAGCAAGGGAGCCAAAAGAGAGGAAGAGCGAGACUGGGAGUAUUUGUUUUUUCUUUUGAGUCUGUGGGAAAAAAAGAAAAGAAAGAAAGAAAGAUGGGGAAAAAACAGUGCAGGAAGGAAAAAAGAACUCAACAACAGCGACUCUAAAACAAAGUCUGGACGGUGGGUUUUCAUAUAUGAUGUGUGCUGUAAUAAUUCUCAACAAGCUGUACAAAGAUUAGCUAACUGUCAAUGUUCAAAUUUCUCUUUUGUCUUGUAGAGGAAAACGGGUGGGGCAUUUUGGAUUUUUAAGAGGGACUGCUGGGAUAAUUUGGUGAAGAGCGAAAGUGAAAUCUAGGCAGUAGUGAGCAAACAGUUUAACUAUAGCUCUCUCAUUUCUGUUGUUUCUUCGGCCAGAGAGCAGGACAUUGUGAUGUGUGACAUUUCGCAUCAUCGGCUGAUUGUGUUUUUUCUUGCUGCUGGUGAGGCCGGCAACACAACCAAAGACACGGUUUUCUCCAGUCAGCCUGUGACACAGUUUAAAUCUAAAUGGUUAACAACAUGUUUUAGUGAUGUCAUGGAAUAAGGAUAAGGAUAAGGGCGGGAGGUCCUUCAUUGACACUACAGGGCAUGAAAUAACACGCCACGAGGAAAAAAUGUUACUCACAUGCUAUUACACGAUACAAGGAAGGAAAAACUAUGAUGCAUGUUUAAUGAAAUUGGACAUGCAGAUGCCAUUUGGGAGCUCCAUUCAGACACAACCAACCCAGUUCAGAUCUAACAGUGCUCUUCUACCAGACAGUACGCAUAGACGGGACGUAACACACAAGCUUCUUCUGUUUCCAAAUUCAUCAUAAAAUCCGGUUUCCCUUGGUCCACAUCCCUCAUGCUAAUUCUUCACUGCAGCAUUUUUUUCUAUCUGUCCUGGGAUGUGUGUGUCUGCUAAGCUCAGUGAGUCCUCUCACCAAAUGAUUGUGAAACGGAGAAUCCAGGUUUCGUUUUCUUAACAAUGUGCUAGAGAGAGUAAAAGAAAGAAAAAAAAGUGAGAAAAAGCUCGAAAGAAGCGAGGAAGCUCUGCUGUGUUCUGCCGUUGUCGGGCUCUCUGUGAAACUUUAGCUGUAGCGUAGCCGUAGAUCAGUGACAUGCAUUUGAGUCUCUUAGAUUUAGAGCACUGAUUGCACUCUUAUUUCGUUAAGCACAAUUCAGAAGCACACAUGCAUACGAGAAGGACAGUGAACACUUACAGUAAAAACAGCAGGUGACAGCAGUUCUCGCGUAUUUGGUCUUGAAAGUGCGACUCCGGGGCUUAUCUGGCUAACCAGCAGUUUUUCUUUGCUUUGGCAUGUGUCACUGUGCUCUGAUUGAUAGUUCAAUGAUUCUCAAAGGUGUCUGAAAGUGCUUAAAGAAAGGUGGAAUUUGUUGUUGAGUCAUACUGACUUUACUGAAUAUGUCUCAAACGUUUGCACUGUAGAAGGGGGAAGUGGUGACGCGGGGGUUUGUAUUUGCUGUAACUGUGUGUUGCUCUAUAUCUUCAAGGCUGGAUUGAUUGUAUCUAUUUGGCAUGGUCAGUAAAAACAGCUUGACUGAACUCA